UGGUUCGGGCAUCGACCCAUACGGGCUUCACCACGAAUGCAAACCAGAUUGGUCUGGUGACAUUCCGACAGAUUGUGACAACACAUGGGCUAUCGCCAAGUACUUGAACGACCCGGCACGACGACGAAAUCUCGGUAUCCCACCCUCUGUGCAGGAUUGGAAGGUUUGCAGAAAUGCACAACAACUAAACUAUACGAAGCAAUACCCUACGGUACUGCCACAUGUGAAGCGAGCAUUAGAAGCGGGAGUAAAGGUGAUGCUCUACUUACGGAGUGAUGGAUGCGAUAUCACUCACAUAAUUGGUUAUCAAAAAAAAACGCCGACCUGGUUAUCUGGAAAUUUCCUCCGAAAUGGCCCGGGCAAGUUUAAAUUUGGUAAUGAUGAGGUAAAUCACUGGUUCGACGGUAUGGCCUAUCCACAGCGAUAUCACUUCAAAAAUGGCCGAAUGCAUUACUCCGCGAAAUUCCUGAAAUCCCACGCGUAUCUGGCUUGUGAGGAAGACGAGCGUCUCGCCGUGUCGACAUUUGCAACCCCGCGAAGCGCUCAAACAAAUUUCUUCGCACCGCCUUUCUUCACCUUUCACCAUGCCAAUGCCUUUGAGCGCGACAGAUUUUUGUACGUCGAUUUUUGUCUCGUGGAGAAUCCGGGGAAUUUCGAGGACUUGCUGCUACAACACAUGCGAGAUGGGUCAUUUUCGUCUAGGAACCCGUUGUUCCGCCCUUUUCUACAUCGAAUCGUCAUUCCUACCGAUGUUUCCGGCGAUAUUGAGGCUGGCAUCGACCUGGCGGAGGUCAAUUUCUAUUCGAAGAAACGCUCCUUUGAACUGCCACGCUAUAACGAACGUUUCACCGGGCUUCCCUAUCGAUUCGUGUAUGGGACAACGAUACUCUACGCCGCGGCGGAACGUCGGGUUCCCGGGGUGGUCAAAAACGAUGUCAACACCGGUGAGACGUCGAUCCACUACAAAGACGACGCGGAGCAACUUUUCGGAGAGCCUGUUUUCGUGCCAAGUCCGAACGGAACGGCCGAAGAUGACGGGAUCAUCCUCGUGCCGGUGAUGAGCGCGAACCGGCGGAAAAAGCCAAUUUUCAUGAUUCUCGACGCCAAAAGCCUCCGCGAGAUUUGUCGGUACGUUCUCCCCGUUCCACGGAUCCCCAUGGGUUUCCACGCAAUAUUCGUUGAUGCAGCAGCAGGAGACAAAGAAAAU